UACAACUUAUAAACCUAGAACCCAAAACCCUUAGUAGCAGUUUAAGCUUCCUCGUCCCCAAACUGUCUCCUUUACAAAUCCUCAAAAUGAUUAAUGGCGGCAAAAGCUUCGUCUCCUCGCAGCCGGCGUUCUCCAAUGACGCCAAACGCCUCCUUAUUUGUAACGGAAAUACCGUCACCGUCUUCAGCUCCUCAACCAGCAUGCAGGUUACUGAAUUAGAGGGUCAUAAAUCACUUGUCACAUCGGUUAUAGUGGUGCCCGCUUCAAGUAAGGUGUUGUGUUAUUGUUGGACUUCGUCCCUUGAUGGAACUAUUCGUUACUGGGAUUUUUCCAUGCCUCAAUUGAUCAAGACUGUUGAUAUACGAUCACCCAUUUUUUCUAUGGUGAUCCCUCGUUUUCUAUCUAAACAAGUUGAUGAGGGCGGUAAACCAACUGAUGUGAUUGCUUAUAUAUCUGUCAAAAAGGCAAGCGACUCUGAUGACAGAUCAAAAUGUUUACAGGGGCAAAUUAGAAAAUGCAAUUUAACUUCAUCUAAGCUCGCUACCGCAAUAAUUGUAAAAGAGAGUGCAAAGCCUGAGUUCAUAAUUGGUAGCCCCUCGGGGGAUUUUUUUGGCAUUCAAAUAAAGCGCACACUUUAUAUAUGGAAAGUUCCAUCCAAUGAUAGUGAUGGUGCUUUAGUGAAGAAAAUGAGAUUGCACCAUACAAAAACUUUCACAACCUUUGCUUUUCAUCCAAAUAGCAACAUUGUUGCUGCUGGUGAUGCAACUGGGAGAAUUUUGGUUUGGAGGGGUUUUGGUACUAGAACUCUUUUGAAAGGAAACAAGCAAGCUAAUGGAAAGCUGAUGAAGUAUGAAGAUGAAAGAGAUGGGCUUAGAGGAGAUGAUGACGCUGAAUCAUGCUCUACAUGGCAUUGGCACUCAUCUGAAGUCAAGUUUCUUGCUUUCUCUUCUGAUGGAGCUUAUUUAUACUCAGGGGGAAAUGAAGGAGUUCUUGUCCUAUGGCAGCUAGAUACUGGGAAACAGAAGUUUCUACCACGAAUUGGUUCUCCGCUUCUCUAUUUUGUCCAUUCUCCUGAUCCUACACUCUCCGUGAUUUCUUGUGCAGAUAAUCUGAUCCACAUUCUGAAGAUGCCUUCAUUGGAAAUUUUGAAGUCCAUUGCAGGAAUUAAGCUUCCCUGUUCUUUGCCAGAUAUGUGGAACGGCUUAUCUAGCAGAUUUUCGUUUGAUUGUUCAGCUGGUAUAGUUGCUCUACCUACGGAAAACUAUCGCAUCCAGUUCUACAGCUUGCUUGAUGACACUGAAAUUUCAGAGGUUCAAAUCUGUGAAAGAAAUCAUCAACCAAGUGACGAUAUCAUGGUGGUAGUGAGCUUAGUGUCACUUUCAUAUGAUGGUUCUUUGAUGAGUACUGUUGAAACUAGGCUUGCUGAGGAUGGAGUAGGAGGCCUUAUUUGCUUGAAGUUCUGGGUUGCUGAGCUCCGGAAGGAUUUUAAACUGUCCACCAUAGUUUAUGAACCUCAUAGGAAUUCUGCUAUUUCUGCAGUUGCUUUUCAUCCUAAACAGAAAAUGGUUGCCAGUUCAUCGUACGGUGGUGAUUUUAAGAUUUGGGUUCAUAGUAGUAGUACUACUCAAAGAAAAGGUGGUGUCAAUGAAUUCUCAGGCUGGAUCUGUCAUUCUGUAGGCUCAUACAAGGGCAAGUCCAUGACUGCUGCCACCUUUUCUGCUGACGGUUCUGUUUUGGCUGUUGCUGCUGAAACUGUGAUAACGCUGUGGGACCCAGAUAGGAAUUAUCUUGUGGCUGUGGUUGGAGAAACAUAUACGCCUAUUGACAACCUUUCAUUUGUUGGGAAGUCUGACUAUAUUGUGUCCACUUCACAUGGUUCAAAGCCGCACAUAUCUCUCUGGUGUUUAUCAAAGCUAUCAAAAACGUGGUCUUAUGACUUUCGGGUGGAAGCUGUUGCUUCUAUGGAGGAGGAUCUCUUUUUUGCCGUGCUUGCUGUUUUUCCAGAGUCAUAUGUUGCUAGUGAAUCACUUAGAAGUUCAACCUCUUCUGGAGAUGGCAUAAUAUUACUAUUUGAUGUUAAUGAUCCUGUCCCAGUAGCUUCUUGGUUAGUUAAAAAGGCAAAUGGAGGAGGAUUGGCAUUUCUGCAUGUAAAUCAUUUGUCUUCGUUGAAGGAAAAUAAUUCUGGAAGGCCAAUUUCCCUUCUGGCUUAUAUUAACAAUGAUCAUGAAUAUGUUGUAUUUGACCCUCUCGGCAACGAACAUGAACUCAAAAUGAACCGUAAAAAGGAUGGACUGGAUAUUAAGGAAGCAGGCUGUAAUGAAUGCAGUAUAUCUGACUGGCCAUCUACAUCAGAUACCGCAUUCCUUAUUGAAGGAAUAUCUGGGUAUACGUCUAUAUAUGGAGAAUUGCCGCAGUUUGAUCCCAAAAAGAAUAUGCAAGCUGCCAUUGUGCCAUCAGAGCGACCUUGGGAGACCAUCUUCAGUGGUCCGUCACAUACUCUUCCGCCACUGACAAAAUUAUGUUCUGCUUUCCUAGAAUCAUUGCUCGAAAAGAGAACGACAGCUACAUGACGAUUUAAGAGCAGAAUGAUUUUAACGUGAUGCAUCUAUUAUAUACAUUGUCUACAAAACACAGGAGAGGAUGCAUGCCUAACAAUGAAAGUCUCGGUUUGCCAGUCGAGAUUCAAAUGUUCUACAUCAAGUCACCUUUGUUUUGUCAAUUUAUUUAUGGUGGAAGAUCUAACCAACUUCGUUGGUGAGGAUGAAUGGAACCGGAAGAAAAAGAGAAUACACACAACCACUUGUUAAUGAUGCUAGCUCGAAAACCAGACGCUUAUUUUUGUUCAACUCAUGAUUUUAUUUCUUCUAGUUUUCUUUUUCAUACAUCGGCGCGUAGUAGGGAAAAUUUUGUAGCCUUUAUUAAGGUAUCGUGAAAUACAAUAUAUGAAAUUAGUUAAAUGAGCUGAUUAUUGUUAGAUUAACAAUGUUUGAUUAUAAUGUCAUUGCUCCUUGAUGUCUAAA